CAGUGGGACUGGUGAACGUCAAGGGAUGUCAACUCCCCCUCUCGCUGGAGCGGCCAUGCCGCCUGGUGCUUUCUCAGGGACGCAGGCUCAAGCAGCUCGGGAGGUAAAUACAGCUUCUCUCUGUCGCAUUGGCCAAGAGACUGUGCAGGACAUUGUAUUUAGAACCAUGGAAAUCUUCCAGUUACUGAGGAACAUGCAGUUACCAAAUGGUGUUACUUAUCAUACUGGAACAUAUCAAGACAGACUGGGAAAGCUGCAGGAACAUCUCCGUCAGCUAUCAAUACUCUUCAGAAAACUGAGACUAGUCUAUGACAAAUGCAAUGAAAACUGUGCUGGGCUUGAUCCUGUUCCCAUUGAACAACUUAUUCCAUAUGUUGAAGAAGAUGGCUCCAAGCAUGAUGAUCGUGGUGCUGCAAGUCAGCUUCGUUUUGCUAGUGAAGAGAGAAGGGAAAUCAUGGAAGUAAAUAAGAAACUAAAACAGAAGAAUCAGCAGCUGAAGCAGAUCAUGGAUCAGUUACGGAAUCUAAUUUGGGACAUAAAUGCCAUGUUGGCAAUGCGGAACUGAACAAGAAGAAGCAAGCAUUGUGGCUGGAAAAGAUAGAAAUUUGUUUGGAUACACUUAAUUUCUUUCUAAGAAGUAACGUGUUUUCCCACAACCAUAUUGCAGUAAUGUUUGAAGUCUUCAAGAUUAAAAUGUUGGUUUUUUUUGUAAUAACUGAAAUGAUCUUGGUUUUGUUUUUAUAAAAGAUUCAUCCUACAGGUUUUACCUG